AUGUCCUCAGUGUCCCAGUAUGUCACGAUAUCCUGGUAUGUCCCAAUAUCCUGCCGUGUCCCGGUAUACCCUGAUAUCCCGGUAUGUCCUGGUAUCCCGGUAUACCCCGGUAUAUCCCUCCGUGUCCCAGUAUAUCCCGAUAUCCUGCUGGUCCCUGUUUGUCCUGAUAUCCUGGUAUAUCCCGAUAUCCCAUCGUGUCCCAGUAUCCCAGUAUAUCCCGAUAUCGUGCUGUGUCCCAGUAUGUCCCGGUAUCCUGGUAUAUCCCAAUAUCCCAGUAUAUCCCAGUAUCCCAGUAUGUCCCGGUAUAUCCCGAUAUCCCGGUAUAUCCCGAUAUCCUCUGUGUCCCGGUAUAUCCCGAUAUCCCGGUAUAUCCCAAUAUCCCUCCGUGUCCCGGUAUAUCCCGAUAUCACGCCGUGUCCCGGUAUGUCCCGAUAUCCCGGUAUAUCCCUCUGUGUCCCGGUAUAUCCCGAUAUCCCGCUAUAUCCCGGCAUGUCCCAUUCUCCACGGCGCACGCGUGCCGGCACGGCAGCUGCGCAUGCGCGUGGCGCGCCCCGCCGGGGGAGCGGUGCCGCGGGGCGCCAGCAGGGGGCGUGCCCGCGGCGCCCGCGCGCUAUCGCGACUGUCGCGACCGGCGGGGCGGGCCCGGCCAUGGCGGCGCGGCGGGGGGGCAGGAAGGAAAAGAGUUUUGAGCAGUCCUGUUCAACAAUUUCAGAAGAGCCCAAGCCUGAGCCCAAGUCCAAGCCUGAGCCCAUUCCGUAUAUUCUGCAAGGAGAGGACAUCCAAGCACUUGGAAUUAAGGUGGAGAACCUGGAGAAACUUCAUGCCCCACGCCUUCCUGAUCAUGCUGGGAGGAUUCCAGUUCAGAAGACUUACCUCGUCCGAAAACACCGACCCAAGGAGGUGGCACACCUUGUAGCACACCCUGUUCCCCCCAGCACACCCAGGGGACCACUGACUUUUCCUGGACCAAGACGGUUUGAGGAUGGCUCUGAAGAGAUCCUCCCUCAUCACAUUUUGGGGAGUCUCCAGGAGCUGAAGAUGGAAGCUUUGGCCAGAGGAAACACUCAGCUAGCAGAUGCUAUUAAGGUUCCUCACCCAGAUGUUGCUGCAGCAGCUGUAAAAGAGGAACAUGGAGGAGAGAAAGAAAAGGCAUAUCAGCCCCAGCUAGCAGAGCACAAAGCUCUCCAGAACUGGAGGCAUCAUAUGGCAAUGAGGAAAAAGCAGGAGAAACACCUAGGAGAAAUGCUUCACAAGCCAGAGAAUGAAUUGCUGAUGAACAUGUCAGACAAUUACAGGCAAAUCCAGGAAGAACGUGACCUCAUUGACAGGAGUCUCCCUGCCCUAUUUCCUGGAAAGGGAUACCGAGUGGGAAGCGAGUUCUGGAACCUUCCUGAGCAAAUUGGGGAUGAGCUCACGGGGCUGACCCUGACCCUGACCCGGACACAGCGCGGGCACCCAGAGCCACCGACCCAUGUGGGAAAACCCCAAACUGUCCAGAGGGAAACAGGUCUGAAGCCUCCAAAGAAGAUUCCUUGCCACCUGAACUGGGAUAAGAGUCUUUUCCUGAAACACCGACGGCAGGAGCUCCAAUCUCUCCUGGAGGAACUGGGCUUUUAUAAGCCGGAUCUGCAAGGACUGGAGGUGAUUGGGAGAGGGCAGCCUUUCACAUCUGUCUCAGCUGAGGCUUUUCAACAUGCUGCCAUUCCUGAAGAGAUUGAGACCCUCAGUGACCCCUUAGGUGACUCCUUCAUUGUGGCUCCAGAAGCUGAAAAGGUUCCAUCUUUAGUCUUCUGUGGCCAGCCUGCUCGUUGGAUCAAGGGCAUCAGUCCUUGCAGGAAGGAGAUUGGCAUUGCUGCCCGGCUCACCUUUGAGACUCUGGCUAGUGAGAAGGCUGAAAGCUUCCUGACAGUGACCAACGAUGGCAGAGCUGCCAUUUGGUACAGCUGGAUGAGACUUCCCCAGCAGAUCCCCUCCAGAGAAACCAAGGGCAUGAGGAUGCCCUGCUUUUACUUUGAUACCAGACCAGGUGUAAUUUUGCCUGGGGAAACACGGAGGUUUCCCUUUAUUUUUAAGUCAGAGAGAGCAGGUAUUUUCAGUGAGCCCUGGGAAUUUAGGACACAUCCUGUGUUAUUAGGAGGAGCUCUGCUUCAGGUGACCCUUUGGGGAAUUGCUGUGUAUGAGGAUAAACUGGCUGACUUCAGAGAGAAACUGGAGAGUGAGCUGGCUGCUCGGGAAGGUGCUGCUAUAGUGCAAGACAGCCUGAAUGAGCUUCUUGACCAAAUUCGGACCCCUGAGCGCCCCCUCUCUCCUGUGGAUGCCUGUGUCACAGAGGAAGAGCUGUUCCACAGGAAAAACCCCGAGUUGCAUUAUCAGCAUCAAGUGGUGAAGCAGCUGCAUAAACUGUGGAGACAGCACCUGGCUGUGCCUUCAGCCUUGGAGGAGGAGGUGCCCUUGGAGCACAGGGGCACUGCAGAGGACAUGGAGUGCCAGGAGAGCACCUCUGAGCCUCCCUCUGCCCAGGGCAGCACCACUGAGCUCCCACGUGGCAAGUACACACUAGAGGAGUCUCCAAGGGAGAAGAGCACUGAGGAGGAAGAAGCAAGUCCUUCAGGAUGGAACCUUUCCCUUCAGGACUUUAAACAGGCCAUACUGUCAAUCCCUGGGGAGGAGCAGCGGGAAGAAGCACUGACCCAGCUCAACAAGGCAGCUCUGGAGCUGUGUGUUGAACAGAGGCCAACUCAGUCAGACCUUCUGUAUCCACUCUGCCUCCAGCUGUGGCGUGGAGCAGUCGAUGACCUGGUGAGUCACUCUCUGAGGCUGAGAUCCCUGCUUGGUUUGAUUAAGAAGGACGCCUAUCUGGAAGCUGUUCCAGAGGAAACAGAGGAAGUAAAGCAAGCAGAAGCAAAAAAAAGAGGAAAGGAAGACAAAAUAGCUACUAAGAAAGAAGAGAAAAAGGAUAAAGAAGGCAAAAAAAUUAGAGGGCCAUCAGGGAAAGAGAAGGCGGAUCCUUCGGGCAGCAGAAAGCUGAAAGCAAAGGAUGAGAAGCAAGGAUCUUCCAUUUCACUGCGGGACGUGAAAGGAGGAGCAGAGUCUGCCAGAGGAGGAGAGGAGGAGCAGAAGGUGAAAGAGGAAGCUGCAGCUACAGACGGGGCAGAACCUGCUCAGGAGGACUCUGUUUCACUUGGAACAUACCGGGAGAAGCUCUACAUUGAAGUUUACAGGCUGCUGGAUUCAAUGGUGAGUGAAAUGGUGUCUUUAUUUGAAGAUCUAAAGCAGUAACGUGCUCUGAAGUGGGAGUGAAGCCCUUUGUAUGUAGAAAUAGACUUGCUUUUAAAAAAAUAAAUAACCUUAUUUACACAGAUGGAGUGGAGAUUCUUCUUUCUGAAGUGAUUCAGUGAAUACAAAUACUGGGCUGCCUCUUUUCUGACACACUGAUGUGAGACUAUUGCUAGAUCAUCUGUUACUGCUACAGAUGAUGCUUGCCAAGAAGAGACAAGGCAAGAAUAUCACCAUCUCAGAAGAUGUUAAGACUGGAAAAUACUGGUAUUUCUGCUACAGGAGGAUGUAAAAGUGCCAGUUAACAUCAGGUAUGUUCUUUGUGUCUUGACUGUGCUUGGCUGGCAGGUGAGUGAGCAGGGUGUUCUUGUACUCAUGAAUGCUGGUACCAGGGAAGUAGACAAAUCCAUUUUGGUUUUUAUCAUAUUUUUGGCAGCUUGUCCAGUCUUCCCUUGGGACUUGCUGACAGGAGGAUUCUCUGAAGCAUUCUGGAUCCCAGGAAAAACACUGUCCCAAGGGCUGUGCCCUCCUCCCUGGUUUUGCAUUCACAGAUUUCCUUCCUGUGCUGAUCUUGCCACCUCUUUCCCUUGAGCUCCAGGUACCCAUGCCCCAUUCUGAGCCAGGUGUUCCAUGCUUCCUUCCAAGACUAAUCACUCUUCAAUGAGGGAAAUUGAUGCUAUAAAAGUUGUGAGCUGUGGUAAGGCCUCGUGUUGGAGCCACCCCUCCUGUCUGUCCAUCUGCCUGUGUGUCUGGGCUCAUCACCAUUUUCCAUCUGUGUGCAUCACUGCUGGAAUGGGGUUUUUGUGGGGGCAUCCCAGGCCUGAGUGUGGCACUCUGGACUUCACUUGGAGCAGGUUCCUGGGGCACAGUGAGCUCUGUGUGGGGUCUGUCUUGGCCUGGUGUCAGUGAGUGCCACCCUCCUGCUCAAGCAGCAUUCCCUGGACAGGCUGUGGCCCUGCAGAGCAAUGCCAUCAUGGGCUGGGGAUGGUGAUCCCACGGGAGCUCUGGGGCAGCAGGUGCUGUCCAUGCUGUCCAUGCUGAGCAUCACCCAGCCAUGAGUUCAGUGGCUCCAGGUGUGUCCCCUGUGCACGUGCCCCUGUCCCUGGGCUGGCACACCCCUUGGAGUGCACAUGCAGCUGAAUUCUGCUGAAUUGCUGUCUUCUGCCUUCUCAUUUGAACUCCUGUGCUGUCCCUGGGGAGAGGAGCUGUUCCUGCCCUUGGCUCCCAGCAGAACCAUGGCAAAGCACAGCUGGGUUUUUUUCCACUGGCCAGGUGAGGCUCCUCAUCUUUUGAGAUGCUUUCUCUUUGUGGGGUGUGGGGAAGCAUUUUGGCUUCUGGAGCAGCAGGAACCUCCUCUGGCUUAGCAAAGGGAAUGUCUCUGCUCAGCAUUCCUGGAGUGAGAAUUUCAGCAACAUUUUGAGAAUUAGGAAGAAAAAGGCCUGAAGUUGGGGUGUGUCUCACAGGCUCUGACAAUAGCUCCUGCCUUCCUGGAGAUGAUUAUCAGCUCGUGAAUCUGCCCAACUCAAACUGCUCAAGCCAUCUGUUUCUAGGAGAGAGGGAGUCUGCACGUUCCAGAGGCCUCGUGAUUGUCUGAGAGGCAGGAAUGCUUUCAGUUGGUAGCUUUACCUUAAAGGGUGGCAAAGCCCAUCCAUGUUUCCAUGGAUCCAGAUCUUCAGUCCAGCCUAUUGAAACCAGGCUCCAUGUGUUCAUCUACACACAGGAAAAUCUGUUAAUACAACACCAGGAGAUGAAAAUUUGACAUCAGUCAUGUGCAAUGGAAGAAUGUCCUGUGCUGGCAUCUUCCCUUCCGAGGGAGGAUCUGGUGGCAGAGGGCAGGUGGGUGGCACAUGAGUUCUGCAGAGGAGAACAAACCUAAGAGUCUGUAGUCUAAUCGUGAAUAGUCUAAUUUCUUGUCAUAUUUUUUUGUCAAAAAUAUUGCCAGUGCCUCUUCCAGCCUUGGACAAGUGUGUCCCCAGGGGACAAGGUACAAGCAGCAUGCAGGAAGGGAUGUGCUGGGCCAACAACUGUGAUACUCUGCUGUCUGCCUGCUGCAGCUUUUUGUGAGCCAGCUGCCUUUUUUUUUUUUUUUCCCUUGUGCAUUGAUUUGUGGAAGUAACAGGACAAGAACUGCAGUGGAAUUAGAGCUGGCUUCCACACAGCAGCUUUAGAAACAUAUCCCUCUUAUUUACAGGACCAGUGUGAGAUGUGGGCUCUGUCCUUAGCACAGAGACCCUCAGGGCUGUCAGCUCUGCAGUCUGCAGGACCCUGUAAGGCUGAGUCCCUGCAGCCAGGCAAGGAAAUUAUUCCUUCUCCUCUCCCAAAUGUGGGCAUUAUUUGCAUUAGUGUUAAUAAUUUGUGUUGUGUUUGCUAAAUAACCAAGGUGAGCGACCUUCCUGGCCUUGGGAGUUGCAUUCCAAACCCCACCCCCCACAUGAGUGGGGCCUGAAGACAGCAUCACCACCAGAGAGGAUGGGAAGAGGGGGAAUUGCAGGGAAAUGCUGCAAGAAGAAGGCGACAGAGCAUUUCCAGGGGUUUCUCAGUGGCAGAGGGGGUCUGGGUGAGCAGUGCUUUCCUGGGUCCUAUACUCACGGUGAGGUUUUAGGCCCCUCAGCAAAGAAACCCCACAUUUGUACAGCUCCAAAAAGACCUCCUGGGGUUUUUCCCCAUGGAGAGGUUCACUUUGCCUAUAAAAAAAUCACUGCCUGGAAAAAGGCAGAUUGUCUGCUUCCCCAUCUGACACAGUGAAGCAGGACCACUGGGAAUGGAGGAAGAGGAAGGCUUGUAGCCUGGGCUGCUGUGGAGAAUGCCUGUCCCUUCCCGGGCUGGGAUGGUUUCGGGGCUGGCACGCAGAGGGUUUGAUGCUGGAGAUGCUCUUUUCCCACACCGCGGCUGCGAGUGGGGCUGGAUGCUUGUUCAGCCUGCACUGCCAGAGCCUGGUGGGAAUGUGAGGCUGCUGAGAUCUGCAGAACUCCCAGGGGCUCACGGCUCCACCGAGCCCCCAGGCAGGACCCCGGGCAGGAGGGAUCCCAGCUCUGCUCUUGGUGUGGCUGGCGGGAGCAGCGGCCGGAGAGCAUGACCCCCUCCCACCCCGGGAUGUCUCAGCACCCCUGAGAUGCUUUCCAUCACGAAAAAUGUCAGCGAUACUAAAAAGAUUAUAUGUAUCCACAAUAGCUGAAGGGCUGUCAGUGAUUAAAAUGGAAGGCAGAGGCCGGGAGAGAGGGGGUGGCAUUGAAAUGAUCGAGAGACAUGACUUAUUUUGUCAUGUCAUCUGAUGCCUCCCUCUCUCCCCCCAGCCAGGCUCCGGGAGCUGUUCAGAGCUGGGGAAGAACCCGCUCCAAAUUUAGA